AUGGGGUUUGUUAAUCCAGGAAAGUCAUUAAAGAAAAGAAAGCUACGAAAAUCCAUAUCAUUAACAACUUCUUUAUCGACAUGUGACAAUAAUGAUUUCUUCAAACAUAAGAAACCUCAACAUUCAAGCAUCACCCUUGAUUCUUUACCUCCAUCAAUAAUUAAACAAAUCUUCAUAUUUGUUGGUCCUCACAAUAAUUUACCAUUAGUUAAUAAGAGGGUUAAUCAAAUAUUAAAGUUCAAUCCGAAUCUACAGAUUGAGACAGGUGCCCCUUGGGAAAAUUUUUCGUUGGUCAAACUGAUGAUAGAUCGAUAUUAUUUAUGUGACAUGAACGAACGAGUGGAUUUCGCAUUGGUUGAGGAUAUGAUAGAAUAUUAUUUUUCACGAUUGGGAGAGAUCACGCAGAAGUUCGGGUCAGAAUGUAGACAAUGUGAGCUACUUGGACCAAUAGCAAUUAAUAUUGGGAUGAUAGACAACAUCGUCGAAGUUUAUAAAUCCGAAAAAUUUGCAUUAUUGGGCACAUCUGUUCACAAUAGAUUUGCGACAAUUGCAGUCAUCAACAAGUUUGCUCGGGAAAGAUGUGGUGAGUCGAUAUCAUUUCGAACGACUGAAGAAAUUGAGUUUCACAAAAAAAGGAGACUACAGAUUCUUCGUUUUAAGUUUGAUGAAUUGCGGUAUUAUUUGAACAGAGCACGCGCUGAACUCGAAGCUGGCCAAUUUGACCCAUGCCCAGAUGUACGUGAAGAGAAUUACAUUCAAAAUAUUCUUGACAGUAGGAGCCAAGCAAGCCCCUUUGAAGGGUCUGAAGGUAUCCCUCAACUUCCAGUAUAUGAUGACGAAGAUUUGAGGAUUGAAGGAUUCCAUGAUGCCGACUUUCCAAAGCUGCUCCAAGUAUAUCUUGAAUAUAUGGAUGUCAACUAUCAAUUUCCGACUCCGAGCGAUAGUGAUUUUGUAUGGACUGUUCCAGCACUGCUUGUAAGUAGAGAUCUCGAAUUUGCAUUUUCAAGAAUACCUCAUGAAAAAGUUCGUCAUAUUGAUCCAUUAGUCUCUGCCCUUUUGAAGUGGUUUCAUCCUGAAGUGAUUCGUUCGCAUCAUCCCAGCAAGAGCUUUGAAGACUAUAUUUCGCUUCUUUUAGAGAAUACAGUUUGUUCAGAUACGCAUGAGGAUGCAGUCUAUGAAUGUUUUGAGCUAUAUGACAUUUACUCAAAGCAAGCUUCUCCCACUCCAGAGAGCAAACACCGUGUUGAACACAUGUUAGAAGACUUGAAACGAGGAGCGCUUCUCUUAAUUCAAGCCUCUGGAGAGUCAUUUGACUCUGACCAGAUUUGGAAAUAUUUGCGGGAAUUGGGAAAUAAGGAUCUCAUGCAUGAGAUAUUAGCUAGCGAUGUCCCGCUACCAAGUCCGGGAAUUGAUUGGAACUUUUAA